CUUGAACCCUCCAGAUCAGCCUCUCCAGGAGCCUGCUCCAUCGUCUUUUUCGCACCCCUCCGUUCUACGUUCGUUAUCCUUGACCGAAGUGACGGAAACUCACCGGUACAUUCCACAUCCUACGUCACCGGGUGCCCCUCCAAGAGGACCCCACAAUCAGACCUUGGAUCGGAUAUUUAGUCUUGUGCGCCCCUGCAAGAUUAAGAUAGCGGUUGCGACAACCUCUCCGAGCCCCGCGCAUUGUUUUCUUCAGGACCACUCGGCCAGGCGGCCCAAUUGAGAUAGAUUCCGCAGGAUAAUUCGUCGAACGAGCGACCCUGUGAUCUAUUUCCGACUCGAUUUCGAUCAGCCUCUUAUCGAGUGGUGCCGCGCAUCCCGUUACCAUGGACUCCACCGACCCCUACGCCAAGGAGCUUCAAAUCGCCUGUUUGACCGUCCAGAGAGCCACGCUCCUAACAAAAAAGCUACUGGAGGCUGUGGACAAAGGGUCGUUCGACAAGAGCGAUGACACGCCGGUAACAAUUGCUGAUUUCGCCGCCCAGGCAUUGAUCAUUGCCGCCAUCCACCGUGCUUUCCCCGACGAUGAGUUCGUGGGCGAAGAGAGCUCCACUGCCCUUCGAUCCGACCCUGACCUCCUCGAACGGACAUGGGAACUCGUCUCUUCCACUCGCCUCGCGGAUGUGGACAGCGAAGCUCUGCUUUCCUCCCCAAGCACCAAGGAGGAAAUGCUCGACAUCAUCGACCUGGGCGCCCAGGGCAACUCUAGUAAGCAAGGCCGCGCCUGGGUUCUGGACCCGGUAGAUGGCACGGCUACCUUCAUCCAGGGUCAGCAGUAUGCCGUCUGUCUAUCUCUGGUCGAGAACGGUCGCCAGCGGCUGGGUGUUCUGGGCUGUCCCAACAUGAAUCUAAAGACGGGACGCCUCGACGAAAACAUCGUUGAUCGGGAUGGGUAUGGAUACCAGGUUUUCGCCCUUGCUGGACAAGGCGCCUUCCUUCGGAAAAUGGGAACGGGAGGUCUUCUCCCCUUCCACAAGAUCGAGCCCAAGGCCCAAAUCACCGACCCUAAGGAUCUUGAUUUUGUGGAUUGCGUGUCGGCCACCUCAUCCAACCGUGACAUGCAUGCCCGCCUUGCAUCCCACCUGGGCGCACCCUGGCCGGCCUCGACGGACCUCUGGGCUGCGCAGCUGCGGUACAUCGCCAUUGCAGUGGGCGGCUGUAACAUCAUGGUCAAGAUCCCGCGUAAAGCUUCCUAUCGAUCGAAGAUCUGGGAUCACGCGGGCGGCAUGUUGAUUGCUGAAGAACUCGGCUGCACUGUCAGCGACCUGGCGGGUAACCCAGUUGACUGCAGUUUGGGCAGAACCUUGGCGGGGUGCUACGGGAUGAUCGUUGCACCUUCGUCCAUUCACGGCAAGCUUGUGGAAGCUGUGAAACAAAUCCUGUAAGACGAGCAGCUACACAAGGGCCAGUGAUCCCCGCCCACCAACCUUUCUUUUCUUAUCUCGGGGGCCCAUGGCGGCGAGGGAGGGAGACUACGGACCCAACCCUCGUUGUGCCAAUUCGAGUGGAUUGACAGGGCCGUUCAUGUACAAAAGCCGAGACUAUCAUGUUGGGAUCUUCCAUGCAAGACGACGAAUUGGUAUAGGAUGGCACCUUAAAGGUUGAUACCGUCUUUGCAUCUUGCUCGGUCACUGGUGGACGAGACACUUGGUAGGACCGUGCGCGGAUCGACAACGUGGGGAGGGCGAUCAACAACAUUACAGGACCAUGAUGAUGAUGAUGGAAGGAGGACAGGGACCUUUAUACUUAUAUAUAGUAAUGCCGGGUACACCGGUGGUUAACCGCAUGCGCAAU